UGAUGAACAUUUUUUUAGGGAGUGCGAAGUUUUAGAAAUAAAAGAAGUUAAUCCUUUUAAUAACCAAAACCUUACUAAGUUAAACCAAUAUAAGCAGUUCAUAAUCUAAAGCUCUGAAAUCGUUGAAAUCAAUUCAUUUUAAAAGUAUCAAUUUUUGAGAUACCUUCCUAUAUCGUAAAAUAUCGUAAAAGCAUAAAACCUUUUUUUCUCUGCAGAAGUAAAGAGAGAGAGAGCGCGAGUUACCCAGAAAGCUUUUGGAGACAGGAGCAAGUUUUUCAGACCCAAAGUGAACGUAGCUUUCGGUGCGUUGAAGCCACACUCGUUCGAUAUUGAUUCAUUGCCAGCGAGCCACCGAGCCGCCUCGCAUUCCGCAAAUACCAAAAAUAAGUCAGCCGAAAAUGUUGCGAACCUUUGCCAUUCUGCUGCUGAUCGCAGUGGCCGUAAAUGCGAGAGCCGCACCGCAGAGAACCACCGUUUCGCCGGACUAUGAAACCACCGAGGAGGUCCAGGUACCCGAGGAGUCCACCUACAUGUCCGUGGAGGAGGGCACCAUCACGGUGGACGUCGACUCGGACGUGAUACUGACCACCAGUCCCGAGGGCGAGACCUUCACCGAGGCCAGUCCGAUGGUUAUGACGGAAGAACCGCUUCCGGACUCGGUGGUGCAGCAGCUGGAGAUGGAGCGGGCUCAGGAGGAGCGGCUGAAGAAUCCCGAGAAGCUGGAAUCGGAGUUGGACUCGGAUUCGGAGAACGAGGAUCUGAACGCCGCAACCAGGGAGCUAUCAAAUACCAAUAAUACAGGUAGCACCAGGAGACCCAGUUUCCGGUUUGGAGCAACCACACUGCCACCCAGUUUCAUCACAACCACCGAAAGUCCACGAACCAUCACCACUAUUUCACCACAAGACGGCACAACGAAUUCUCCCUCAGAGACUGAGGAAACCACCGAGUUCCAGGAGGUGAAGACCAUGAAGAACUACUUUGAGCGGAAGCCAGCGCAAAUGGGUGAAAUCGAUCUGGACAUGGCCGAGAACCGAAUGGAGACCACUACGAAUGCAGCACCACAGGACGCCGUGGAACUGUCCAUGAUUAUGACCACCGAAGCCGCUUUGGUGGAGGAGAAGCCCACAUCUAAAAGUGAGAAUGACCAGGCGGAAUCGGUGGAAACCACAGUGGUGCCGGUCUACCAAUUUAUUAGCAAUGGAGCUCCCUUUGUAACGGAACCUCAGCCUGAACUUUCGACGGUUUUGCCAGAAGCAAAAGAAGAAGUAGCCACCACAGAGCGGACGGAAGAACCCAAAGAACUUCUACUGGUUUCUUCCACCCCAGCAACCGAAACCACCACAGAGGCUGAGGAGACCACAACUCCAGCUCCUAGCACCACCACCACAACCACUGAGGCUGUUCUGCUGACCACUACAGUGGAACCUCUGCUAAGUGUACAGCCAGAGACGACCACCAGUGCUCCAGAGACCUCAACUACCAGUGCUCCAGAGACCUCAACUACCACUGCUCCAGAGAGCACAACCACCAGUGCUCCAACUACAACGAGUACCACCAGCACCACCAGUGCUCCAGCCACAACAACAAGCACAACCACUACCACUACCACUACAGAACGACCUAUUCAGACGCGAGCUCCGCGGGUGGAGCGGAUCUUCAACUCGGACGGAGUGGAGGUGCUUUACGGUUACUCCUCGGUGGUGCGGACCAACCGCUCGUGAGUGGUGCUGCUGGUGGCCUGCCCCACCGAGAAUGCGACCUUGUCAAGGUCGAACAACUUGCCAUAAUGCGGAGACGGGGAGAGGGAGACAUUGAGCGAUUGAUGCUCGGUUUGUUUUAGGCAAUUUUCAAUUCUAAACGAGUUAUAAACAAAAAUAUUUAAAUAUCAUUCGACGGGCCCCAACACAGUGUGAUAAACCAAAAAAAAAUCGCUGCGUAAGAAGAUAUCGAUACAAAUCCGCACAGACAUCAAACAAAACAAAUAUAACGUUGUGCAAAAUUGUGUACGGUCUGCCAAAUGACAAAAUGAAGAGAAAUGCUGAAGAUAAACGAUUUUAUAAAUUAUAAAUAAAACAUGAACACCAAUCUUUGUUUGCUUUGGC